CGGGUACCGGCGCGGCGCGCGCUGCGCGCGAUGGCAGUGCGCUAAGUGAGCGAGUGCCGACGACGACGUGAGGAGCGCGCCAGUAACAGUGCGGGCCGGAGUCGACAUGGCAGCGGAUUACGACGAGUGAGACUCGCCACGACGGGCCUGGCAGGAGCGCGUGAGAAAGAGCAGCGCGGCGACCGACCCGAGGGAGAGUCGCGGCGGGAAGGAAGAGCGUCGGCGGGCGCGAUACGAGCCACGACGAGUGCUAACGACGCGAGAUAAAGUCGCUGCCGAGGAGAGCGGGCGUCGCGAAUCGCGUCGCCUCGCCUCGCCUCGCGCGUUGCGUCGCCGCGAAUCGCGUCGAGCGCGCUCGAAAAUAGAACGCGGUUCGCGAGCGGGCGAAAGAGAGGAGGGCGAGCAGGACGGAGAAAGAGAGAGAGAGAGAGAGAGAGACGAGAGUGACUGACGGUUUAAGGCGGUUGUAGAAUGUCGCGAGUGUCGCUCAACAAGUCGCAGUACGGCUCGCGUCGCGUCCGCAAAAUCAGCUCGACGGAGAGCGAAUACUCAGUGGAAGAACAAUCGAGAUUAACGGGGACCGAUGGACCGGGUGGCGAUGAAGCCUCGCCGGACGAUGAGGGAGGUUCGCUUUGCGAGUACCACGACAUACCGCCGCCCCCGGACGGUGGAUAUGGUUGGGUGGUGGUAUUUGCAUCGUUCAUGUGUAACAUGAUAGUGGACGGCAUUGCCUACACGUUCGGCGUCUUUCUGGGUGAAUUCGUUAAGUACUUUGGCGAAGGAAAGGGCAAGACCGCCUGGGUUGGCUCGCUGCUGUCUGGAAUGUACCUCAGCGCUGGCCCCGUUGUCAGUGCUUUAACGAAUAAAUAUGGCUGUAGAGCAGUAUGUAUGGCAGGAAGUUUCUUAGGCGCCGCCGCAUUUGUACUUUCGACGUUUUCGAGCAGUGUAAAUAUGCUUAUGAUGACUUACGGUAUUAUGGGAGGGAUUGGAUUCGGUUUGAUAUAUCUACCCGCAGUAGUUUGUGUGGGCUAUUACUUUGAAACCAAGAGAUCCCUAGCUACCGGCAUCGCUGUAUGCGGCUCGGGAUUCGGUACGUUCGCGUUCGCGCCUCUGGCGACUAUGUUGCUGGAGGCGUACAGCUGGAAGGGAGCAAACCUAAUCCUGGCUGGCCUCAUCUUAAAUUGCGCAGUAUUCGGUGCCAUGAUGAGACCUCUGGAAUAUCCGAAGGCUUCCUCUGUUAAGCCGUUGUUACAAAGAAUGGCCGAGGAGAAGAGAUUUCAAAUGGAACGCGGUAGUAUCGGUGGCUCCUAUUUUAUGGUACAGUUACCGGACGGAUCCAUGGAAAAGAGGAUGAAAAUGCCCAUUAAUAUUGAUCCCGGUGUUCAUUCCAGCUUCAAUUUAGACCAAUUAGUGCCUGGAACUCCUUUAACACCAGUUCCGACGGUGCCAACCCUUCCCACCAUAUCUGAAGUGAAGGUACAGGAGCACUCUUCUAGUGGACAUACUAGCGACAGCGGUAGUAUGGAUCUGAAGAACAUUUCCACCAAGUCCAAGAGCAAGAAAAAUAUUGACGAAACCAAAGACACGAAGGACGCGGAGAAACCCGAGAACGAGUUUAAUAAGACGAUAAUCCCCAGGAACGCGUCGCAGCCGGCUUUCACAACCCACGUUCAAGGUUUGCCUAAAAACGGCUCCGUGCCAUUCUUUGACAGAAUCCGCAAAACGAGUACCAGCGAACGCUACAAGCCUAGCCUUAGUGCAAUAAAGAAUUCUAGGACAACGCUUAAUUCUAACGGAGACAUCAGAAAGAGCUUGCAUCUAAGACUUUCCGCGAGCAGCAUGUUGGGAUCGCGAAAUAACAAUGCUGAGGUUGAUGAUGGUGAGAGUAUUACCUUUACUACCAGUAAAGCUAGUAUCCCAAAGGAGAAACCAAUGAUGGUCCGUCCCUUAUCGAGAAAGGAUAUUUUCUACAGCGGUAGUGUAGUCAAUUUACCAGAAUACCAAAGCCAGAAAUCGCUCGCCAAUUAUCGCCAGAGUGUUGUAUCUAUUCCCAAAUCUGUACGUGGUGACUUGAAGGAUAUUGAUAUUGAAAAAGCGCAACAACAACCCUUGUGCCCCUGCUUGGUAUUACCCGAUUCGUUUAAGGAAGCUUUAGCAACGAUGAUGGAUAUGUCUUUAUUGAAAAAUCCUGUUUUUCUCCUAAUUGGUAUUAGCAAUGUCUUUGGUAUGGCUGGACUAUACGUUCCUUUUGUAUAUCUGGUGGAUGCCGCGGUCUUAGAUGGAAUUGAACGUAAUUCUGCAUCAUUCUUAUUAUCUAUUAUUGGAAUAACGAACACCAUAGGUCGUGUGGCUUGUGGAUAUGUCGCUGAUUUUCCGCAAGUCGAUUCCUUACUGCUAAACAAUAUUUGCUUAAUUAUAUCUACAGUUGCAGUAGCCGCUACGCCAUUUUGCCAUAGUUAUGCCGCUUAUAUCAUCAUGAGUAUAUUUUUUGGGAUAGCAAUAUCUGGAUAUAUCUCAUUAACAUCAAUCAUCUUGGUGGAUCUCUUGGGAUUAGAUAAGCUAACGAACGCUUUCGGCCUUUUAAUUUUAUUCCGAGGGGCUGCCGCUAUAGUUGGCUCACCCUUAGCGGGCGCUGUUUACGAUGCGACGCAAAGUUAUAGUAUCCCGUUCUUCAUGGCAGGGUUCUUCUUCCUUGUAAGCACUGUUACUAGUUUCAUGGCCCCUGCUAUGAAACGGUGUACCACACCGCAGACUCAACCUGUGAUAUUAGAUACAUUGACUCCAAUCGACGAAGAUAUUGAGGAAGAGAACGAGGAGGAUAUACCGGAGAUAGUAGAAACCGCGCCGUCACCCUUAGAGCCACCCGAGAAGGAGAUCAAGCAAAUAGAGUCUGUUUUAUAAGUACUUCUGAUCUUUUUUAAAUGGAUUAUGAAAAUCGCCUUCACUCCGAGCCACACUGUGAUAGGGCUGCUACUUUUGAAGUCUUGAAAAAAAAGGUACUUCUUUGUUACACACUUAAUCGAUAAAGCACAAAUUAGUGGCAUACCUGAUGGAAUUUUUAUCGUACUUAUUAUAAUUAGAUUGUACCAUAUGUUUUGUCAUAUUUUCUUUUAUUUUUUUUAUCGGAGCGGAUAAACGAUAUACGCGCGAAAAUGCCAUCAGGUAGAGAUACUUAUUGUUAGUUGCCUAUAUGUAAUAGCGAAUAUAAUAGAUAGAAUGUUUUAUUAACCUAAUGUUUUAUUAACCUAAUCAGUAUCGAUCAAGCAGUAUAUAUAUACAUAGAAAAAGAAAAAAUGUUAAGCUAAAAAAAUGCUCUUGCACGUGCAUAUCGAAUAAUCUUGUAUAAAUUAUUAAUCUGCAUCUGUAGGAAUACAAUACUGUAAUUCGGCAAUUGUAUGGUAUGUAAGCGUACAAGGAUCGGUCAAGUUAUCGCUGAUUGGACGCUCGUUUUAAUCAUGACGCUUAACGAUGUAUAGAUGAAUAUUAACAAGUUACCUAUACACUCUAUUUUAUUAAAUCUAACACAUUUCGCGAAAAUACGUGUACGAAACAACGACGAUGUUCUUUCUCCGAUCAACGAUACGAUUGACCAUCCUUGGAGAAGGAAUUUCACCAAUGGCUUUAUCAUGUUAGUUAAAUCUAUUUUUGGCCGCAUCCAAAGAUACAACUUGAAUUAUAUUCAUAAUUCAAAGAGAUAUUUUCUUGAAUACUUGCGACAAAUGUAUAUAUGUAUACACACGCACGCACACGCACGCACACACACACACACACACACACACACAAACACAAACACACACAAACACACACAUCCAUACAUACAGAGCGAAAGAAGGGAUGUGAGUUAUUAAUUUACAAGCAACAAAUAUAUCGCUGUUGCGUAGAAUGAACUGUAAAUAAAUUAUAGAGAGCUGCAAAUAUAUAUAUACAUAUAUAUAAAUAUAUAUAAAUGUGUAUGUAUAACAAACUCUAGAAUUAAGCUAACGAGCUCUAGAAUUAAACUAAUUGUAAGAAUAAAGCUCAUAAUUACAAAGUUAUGGGUUCGCUGUACGCUGGAGUCUCGCUGUGGGACCUCGCGCAAUUAAUGUAUUCGUCAAGGGAUAAUUAAUGCAUUGUUAGAUAGACUAAUUAAUAUAUUGAUUAUUCGAAACAGAGAAUCCUUAUGUGUAAAGAACCGCGUCUCGUCUGCUACGGCUAGUUCGUGUAAAUGGAUUUUUAAACGUUUAGCUGAUGGAAACUGACUAUAUUGUGCAGGAUAGUACUUAUGGAAAUACUUACGUUAAGCAAUGCAAAACUAAUUUCGGGCCGACGUGUCCCGCGCGAUGGCCAAGCGAUUUGCGAGCGUUUCUCGUAUGCCUGUGUGUGCGCGCGUGUGUAUGUGUGUGUGUGUGUGUGUGUGCGCGUGCGCGGUUGUGUGAGUGUGUGGGAUUAUUAAUGUGUAAGUAAUUUCAUUAUGGCGGUGACGAUCAUUAUUGGAUCGAUGUAAUUAGCGUUCGCGAGAGGAAAUAUACGCCUACAGAGAGGUACAUGCGACAAAUGUAAAUGCGUAUAUAUGCAUUACUACAUAUGUACAUCUAUAUGUACGCAUACAGACCUCGAGGAGCUCGUUGUAAAUUGUGUCGAGUGGCGAAUGCACGCGUUACACCGCGUACGUUGUAUAUAGGACGUCGUGAAGAUUACGAUUAAUCACUAUUGCGCGCGGUUCGUUGGUAAAGAAAAAUGUAAAGGAGGAAGACGAAGGGAGAGAAAGGAAUUGUUAUAUCGGUAAUGAAAACCAAUAGUGCUAUUACACUAAUCGCCACCGCUGCUCUGCUAUUGCUAAUUAUUACCACCUAUCACGAUUACAAUAUUAAUGUAGUACAAUUUACGUCAACGCACGUUACUUACGUUUUGUUUUACUAUCGUGUGGGAGGAAAGAGAAGAAGAACUUGUGCGUACGUUUUCGUGGUCUCAAUCAAACGCGACUGUGGCAUAUAUAUAUAUAUAUACGGCCAUGCGAAAGUCGCGUGUCACACACGCGUGCACGCGCGCCGCGACGAAAAUCCCGCGCAGAGAACGAAAGAAAGAGAGAGAGAGAGAGAGAGAGAGAGAGAGAGAGAGAGAGAGAGAGAGAGUGUUACACUAUAUUAUUAGAUUAUAUAAAUAGUCGCGACACCCGCGCGCGCGUGCUCGCGUGACAUUUUGCACGCGCACGUUCCGUAUGUAUAUGUAGUCGGAACGGACCUUACGUGUGCGUUGGACGUACAGUGUGCGACGCGCGUGCACGCGCUCACACGCAGAGAAAUACUGUGGCGACCCAGAGGAUAUGUAUUCAUCAUUGAAUAUCGAUAUUACUAAAUAUUGUUAACGCUAGGUAUCGGUAUUCUUAUGCUGACAAUUAGGCGCGAAUUGAAUCGGUAAUCUUAGAGAGACUCUUACUCCGAAAGCUUUUAUUUCCCCGAGGUAUAAGACGGACACUCGCUGCGAGGAGAAUUGAAACGACCGUACAAGGGCGUUUUCUUAAUACCAUUUCUUAAACUUAUACCGUUAUAUUAGAUCGUGGGGCGGCGGUUGUGAAACGACGUCUUUUUUAUACUUGGAAUGCGUGUCUGUAUAAAGCGCUAUGUGCAGCGAGACACAGAUUUUUGACAUUUUUGGAGUAAAACUUUUUCUAAAAUUUCACGAUUCGAUCAAGAGAUCAAUGAAGAAAUCGAGACUUCUCGGACACCACAUCGGGACCUAAGAAAUGCGGCGAGCUCGAUCGCCCAUCAGAGAGAGAGAGAGAGAGAGAGAGAGAGAGAGAGAGAGAGAGAGAGAGAGAGAGAAAGAGAGAAUUUUCUUUUCAUUUAGGAUUAAGAGAAUUUGCAAAGUCUUACCAAAAGAUAUAAGACAUAGUAUAGAAGGUGUAAACGAGAAGUAAGAAGAUAUGUAUAGUAGAUUUUUCAGUAGACAGUCGUGGAGCUACUUAAUUGUUUUCGAUGAGAACGUCUCCAGAGAUUCACCGGUCGGAGGACUUGAUGAAAGAGACGCUACAGCGUUAUCUUUUAGAAGAUUACGCUUUCCUGGAUGUAUUUUCAAAUAGAUAUUUUUUUAUCAGACCCCAAAUGUGGUGUUCUAGCGUCAAGUGAGAACCUAGCACCGAUAAGUGGAGCGUUCAAGCGCGAAUCGUUACGGCUGCUAAUUAAUUGAUGUUACGAGUGCUGUUCGCGCGCAAUAAUCGCGUGAUCGAGUGAAUUAUUUAUCGUAAGGUUCGCCCGUUCGCGCGACGUCGUCGGUCUUCUUCGAUUCUUGUUGUAACGCGACACAUGUUGCCGCUAAUGCCGCACUAUUCUCUCCGCGUGCGAGCGCGAGAAGGAAGGACGCGCACGCUCUACUCCGUGCAUAUGUUAAACAUAUGACAUAUGAUAUGGUACAAAAAAGGACAAAUGUAUUAGGUGACGUUUAUCGAAAAUUGAAGAGGAAAUUAUGAAUUUUUAUUACUGAAAAAAUUA